AUGAAGGAAAAGCAAUCUAGCGCCCCUGUUAUUCCAUUUGAAAGAGUAAAUGAGCGCGUUGCAGCUGCUACAGGUAUAUCUUUACGAACAGUUGCAAGAAUUACAAAUGAAGGGAAAUUAGCUGAAGAAUCGUCAAGUAAAAUAGUAACACCGGGGAAAAAAAGAAAAACAAGGAAGGAUAAAAUUGUUAUGGACAAUUUUGAUAUUGGUGUUCUUAGACGAAAGAUUCAUGAGUUUUAUUCUUGUAAAAAAGAAAUACCAACAGUGAAUAAGUUGCUUCGUCUACUUAAAGAAGAGAUUGGAUUCACUGGCAGUAGAGAAAUUCUCAGACAGCACAUAAAAAAGAUUGGUUUUCGAUAUAAAAAAACUAAAAGCAAUAGAAAAGUACUGAUGGAACUUAACGAUAUAACUGCUUGGCGCGCUCUUUAUCUUCAGACUAUAAAGCGUAAUGACGAGACAGAAAAAUUACCAGUUGUUUACUUAGAUGAGACAUAUAUUCACUCCGGUCAUACAGCUGGUAAAUGUUGGCAGGAUGAUGAUGAAGAUGGAGUAUUAAAGCCUGUCUCUAAAGGACAAAGAUUUAUUAUUGUCCAUGCCGGAGAAGAAUACACAAGACCACAAUUGUUGGAAAUUGUCAAUAGAUAUAAGCCAGAACCAGUGUAUGCUGUUGAUGCUAUUUUAAAAGGACUGGGUCACAAGAUAUCGCGUUUACCACCGUAUCAUUGUGACCUUAAUCCCAUUGAAAUGAUCUGGGCAUCAAUGAAACGCAAAGUAGCUGAGGUAAAUAUUGGCAAACCAGCCAAUCAAAUGCCAGAAAUGGUACAGGAAGCUUUUAAUUCCAUUCCCGUCGAAGAAUGGCGCAAUCAUUGUGCCCACGUUAAGAAACAUGAAGAAGAAUACAGAAGUAAAGAUGGAUAUUUGGAUGCACCUUUCAUCGUGGAAUUAUGCUCUGAGAGUGAAGAAAGUAGUGAUGAAGAUUCUCAAGAUGAAAGUGAUGAAGAAUUUAAUAGCAUUGAACCUCUCGCCAUAGUUCAUGCAGAACAUAAUUAUAGUAAAAAAAUUUGA